ACAAAAAAUAAAAAUAAAAAUGCAAGAUAUGUUCGGAUCAGUCCGGCGAUCUAUGAUAUUCCGGUCACCGGAAAACAAUAACAGCGAUCAUAAUCAUCCCACCGGAACCCUAGUUGAUAAAAUCAAUUCAUGUAUUCGCAAGUCGAGAGUUUUCUCCUCUAGAACUCCUAAUUCUCCGCUUCUUCCGUCUCCGCCGAUACCGAACUGCGAGCCGGAUGUGACGAUUCGGUGGCGUAGAGGUGAGCUUAUCGGUUGUGGUGCCUUUGGUCAUGUGUAUAUGGGGAUGAAUCUCGAUUCCGGCGAACUUCUUGCUGUUAAACAGGUUUCGAUUGCGGCGAAUAGUGCUUCGAAAGAGAAGACUCAGAUUCACAUACGAGAACUUGAAGAAGAAGUAAAGCUUCUGAAGAAUCUUUCCCAUCCAAACAUUGUUCGAUAUCUUGGAACAGUACUUGAGGAUGAAACUUUAAAUAUUCUUUUGGAGUUUGUUCCUGGAGGAUCAAUUUCAUCUCUUCUUGGGAAAUUUGGAGCCUUCCCUGAAACAGUCAUACAAAUGUACACGAAACAACUUUUACUGGGACUUGAUUACCUCCACAAGAAUGGCAUUAUGCACCGGGAUAUUAAGGGGGCAAACAUUCUUGUUGACAAUAAAGGUUGCAUCAAGCUAGCAGAUUUUGGUGCGUCAAAGCAAGUUGUUGAGCUGGCUAAUGGGUCAGGGGCCAAGUCAAUGAAGGGAACACCAUACUGGAUGGCUCCUGAAGUUAUACUGCAGACUGGUCAUAGCUUCUCUGCUGACAUUUGGAGCGUUGGAUGUACGGUAAUUGAGAUGGCCACUGGAAAGCCUCCUUGGAGCCAACAGUAUCAGGAGGUUGCAGCUCUCUUUUAUAUUGGCACUACGAAGUCUCAUCCCCCCAUUCCUGACCAUCUUUCUCCUGAGGCACAGGAUUUACUGCUGAAAUGUUUACACAAGGAACCUGAUUUUAGGCCUUCUGCUUCUGAUUUGCUGAAGCACUCUUUUCUUACAGGGAAAUCUCAGCAAAAUUCAAUUGUUGGUACUCCUACAAUGGAAAAUAAUGUAGCCCCUUCCACUUCUUGCACAAGCAUUCUGGAUCACUCCCCUGCUUCCCUUGAUGUAUGUAAUCUGGGUACACUCAACUUCUCAACUGCGAGUUCUGAGAAAUUUAAAGAAAGUAAACUUGUGUGGGGAGCAGAAACUGGCAAUAAUGAUACGUGUCAGUUAGAUGAAGAUGAUUUUAUGGAGGGUGGAGGUGUAAAGGCGAGAUCUGUUUCAAGACUUGCUGACUUAAAUAAGAGUUUCAACCCUGUGGAAGAUCCUUCUGUAAAUGAGAAUUACGAACUGCAAGCACAAGACGGUGAACAGCAUUCUGAUGGACCUGUUGGUAACAUGAUAAGAUCUCCUACCGAUAGCUGUACCUCACUUCAGUGUGGCCACUCCUUUUCUGAGGAUGAUGAUGAGCAGACUGAAUUAAAAAUACGAGCCUUUCUGGAUGAUAAGGCAUUAGAAUUAAAACGACUUCAAACACCUUUAUAUGAAGAGUUCUACAACAGUGUCAUUCCUUCCUGCUCAAUGGACAAUGUUGAUAUCGCAAGCAAUGGAAGUAGUCCUAAUUACUUGAAGUUGCCACCAAAAAGCAGGUCCCCUAGUAGAUUCCCACUUGGUACCCCUUUGAAAGCAGUUGAUGCUGUAAGUAAUGCAAGCCCUGGGAGUGGAAGCCGGCGCACAUCAAAUGUCAGUGGCGAAGAAAACAGUUAUAGUCCAAUGGACAUUUCAUCACCACAGUGUAAUGUGAAUGGGAUAGAAUCUCAACAAGAAGCGAGCAGUCCAUGUGUGAACGUAUCUGAAGUAAAAAGAAAGUGGAAGGAGGAGCUCGACCAAGAGCUUGAGAGAAAAAGAGAGAUGAUGAGGCAAGUAGGUGUUGCAGGAAAGACUUCAUCACCAAUAGACCGAGGAUCAAAUCGACAAAGAGAUAGGUCAAGAUUUGCAUCACCAGGAAAAUGAUGAAAAAUACAGUUUUUGGUUAUCUUCUUUUGUGUGAAAUUUAUCCACCCUGCUUUUUGUAGCAAAAAGCUAAGGUAAGGUUUGUAGAGUGUAUGUUGCUAAUAGAAUUGAAGGGAAAAAUAAGUCUUUUUCAAAGAUGUAUUUGAAAAUGAAAGCAACCAUCCCUUCAUUCAUGAAAAUUUUUUUUCUUUCAAUUUCACUUCAUUUUCAAGCCUGAAGAAGAGCCAUGGAUGGGAGAUUUUGUUUUUACAACUGAUUAUAGCUGCCGUAAAGUGAUUUGUAUUAUAAUAAACAUAUAUACUACUUUUUUGUGCA